GCCGCAGUCAUGGGGCUGCAGCCCCUGGAGUUCAGCGACUGCUACCUGGACAGCCCGUGGUUCCGGGAGAGGAUCCGCGCGCACGAAGCGGAGCUCGAGAGGACCAACAAGUUCAUCAAAGAGCUCAUCAAGGACGGGAAGAACCUCAUCGCUGCCACCAAAAGUCUUUCAGCAGCCCAGCGCAAGUUUGCUCAUUCACUCAGAGACUUUAAAUUCGAGUUUAUCGGUGAUGCAGAGACUGAUGAUGAACGCUGCAUAGAUGCUUCCUUACGUGAGUUUUCAAAUUUUUUGAAGAAUUUGGAAGAACAGAGAGAAAUCAUGGCAUUAAGUGUAACCGAAACCCUGAUUAAACCUUUGGAAAAAUUCAGAAAAGAGCAACUUGGAGCUGUAAAGGAAGAAAAAAAGAAGUUUGACAAAGAGACAGAAAAGAAUUACAGCCUAAUUGAUAAACAUCUUAAUUUAUCAGCCAAAAAGAAAGACUCACAUUUACAAGAGGCAGAUAUCCAAGUGGAACAAAACCGGCAGCACUUUUAUGAACUGUCCCUGGAAUACGUAUGUAAGCUUCAGGAAAUCCAGGAAAGAAAGAAGUUCGAGUUUGUGGAACCUAUGCUGUCGUUUUUUCAGGGAAUGUUUACUUUCUACCAUCAGGGCCAUGAGCUUGCCAAAGACUUCAAUCACUACAAAAUGGAAUUACAGAUCAACAUUCAGAAUACACGGAACCGAUUUGAAGGAACGAGGUCCGAAGUGGAAGAACUUAUGAACAAAAUCAGACAGAAUCCCAAGGACCACAAGCGUGCGAGUCAGUUUACGGCCGAAGGCUACCUGUAUGUACAGGAGAAAAGGCCUGCUCCAUUUGGUUCCAGCUGGGUCAAACACUACUGCAUGUACCGGAAAGCCGCCAAGAAGUUCAACAUGAUCCCAUUUGAACACAGAUCUGGGGGGAAGCUGGGAGAUGGAGAGGUGUUCUUUUUGAAAGAAUGCACCAAAAGGCAUACUGACUCCAUUGACCGACGGUUUUGUUUUGACAUAGAAGCUGCUGACCGGCCUGGCGUCUCCUUGACCAUGCAAGCUUUCUCAGAAGAGGAAAGGAAGCAGUGGUUGGAAGCUCUGGGUGGAAAAGAAGCUCUCUUCCACACUUUUAAUAGAGCCAUCAUCCCAAGACCAGAAGGAAGUGCGCAGUUGGAUAAGAUGGGAUUCACGAUUCUCAGAAAGUGCAUCAGUGCAGUUGAAACACGAGGUAUAAAUGACCAAGGAUUGUACAGAGUUGUGGGGGUGAGUUCAAAGGUCCAGAGACUUCUGAGUAUGUUGAUGGAUGUGAAAACAUGCAAUGAGGUGGACCUGGAGAAUUCCAUCGAUUGGGAAGUGAAGACAAUCACAAGUGCCCUGAAACAGUAUUUGAGAAGUCUUCCGGAACCUCUCAUGACCUAUGAGCUGCAUGGAGAUUUCAUUGUCCCAGUUAAAAGUGGCAGCCCGGAAUCCCGUGUCAACGCUAUCCAUUUCUUGGUACACAAGCUGCCAGAGAAGAAUAAAGAAAUGCUGGAUAUUUUGGUGAAGCACUUGACUAAUGUUUCAAAUCACUCCAAGCAGAACCUGAUGACCGUGGCAAAUUUAGGAGUAGUGUUUGGACCAACUCUGAUGAGGCCACAGGAAGAAACCGUUGCUGCCAUCAUGGAUUUGAAGUUUCAGAACAUUGUUGUGGAAAUCCUCAUUGAAAACCACGAAAAGAUUUUUCGGACCCUGCCUGAUGCCACAUUCCCAGAACCCACGUCGCUGUCAGCCUCACCCCCAAAUGCUCCCCCAAGGCAAUCGAAGAGACAAGGCCAGAGGACGAAGAGACCUGUGGCUGUGUAUAAUCUCUGUCUGGAGCUGGAAGAUGGUGACAGUGGGAACCCUCCUAAGGAAGACACUCCCAGCAGCAGUCUGGACUCCCUUGCCUCCGCAUCGCCCUCUGCUGCAGCUGGCCGUGUGCCUCUUGGGCCAGACGAAAACCACCUUCUCACAGAUGGAGGGAGCUUUGGAGACUGGGCCACUACCACCCCAAGCCAGACGCGCUCGUCCAUGGUCCAGUGGCUUAACCCGCAGUCUUCAGCCACACCGAGCUCCACUCCGGCUGCCACCCCUCCUUCGCCCAGGUCACCUUUCCCUCUGUCUCUUCCUGCCACUGUAGCUGACAAGCCGCCUGACAGCGUCAUCAACCGGAAGGCCCGAGCCGUGUAUCCAUGUGAAGCAGAGCAUAGCUCGGAAUUAUCUUUUGAAAUAGGAGCAAUUUUCGAGGAUGUACAAACUUCGAGGGAGCCCGGCUGGCUGGAAGGAACCCUGAAUGGCAAGCGGGGGCUGAUUCCACAGAACUAUGUCAAGCUGCUGUAGCUCUGGGCCCUGGGGGCCCCGCCUGGCACCCGAGGACCUGCCCGGUGCUGUGCCCACACCACUUGCACAAGUAGGAGCUGCGAGCAGGACACGGCCGCACCACGCACACCGUGUAGGUUUGUGGGUGGCCAAGAACGCCAGGACCCACUAUGGACUUCCGUUUGUCAGGUCUUGGGACUUGUGAUUCUACUGACCCAGCCUGUGGGGUGUGGGGCGGGCAGCCUCUGCCACCAGCGUGUCCCACCGGCCACCCACCACCAGACCGCGAAGGACCCCUCACCAGCCACAGACGUGCACCUGCUGCCGGAUUGGAAGGGGAACCGCGCUUCCGCGCAGUGCAUUUCGCAGGGCGUCUUGGCUCCUCGCUGUGGUGUGGGGGCUGCGGCUGUCUCCAGGGGAGUCUGUCCCAGCCCAGAGGGACACGGGGCCAUGCCCCUCUCAGCCCGCCCACCCCCUCAGUCUCCCACCGCCCGACCCCCAGCACAGCCGGCCGAGCACACCCUGUAUUUAGAGCAGGCUUCUCGGCCUCCUCACUGCGUGCUGUUUUCCCAACACACCUUUGGCCCCAGGGUCUCUGUAAAUGAAAUAAAGUGUUAUUUACUAUUUGAUGUGCCCGACCCAACGCAGGGAAAGACCCUGCUGUUGCGAUGGUUAAUGAUUGGGCAGCCUGUGG